AGGCCGUUUGCAGCGGGAGGCGCCUGCUUCCUUCCUCGUCCCCAAGAGUAGGCACCAAAAACCCCCACCUGGAGCCAUGGCCAGCCCCCCAGGCAGCCCUGAAGAUGCAGACAAGCUGCGAGGAGGCAGGGAGGGCCGGCAGGGAAGGGAGGACGAUGCUCCGGAGCAGAAGAGGUUGAGGCUGGGGCUGCGAGCGGGAAGCGAGCCCCAGGACGGAGCCACCGCACUGCUUCCAACCCGGGACGAGCUCGCCACCCACACAGGUGUCGAAGGCAGAGGUGAUCCGCUGUCUCCGCCUCCCAGCCUGGUUGAGAGUCAGGUUUUGGCGAGUCCUGCUGCUGGCCAAGUUGAGGAAACUGCUCAAAGACCUCAUGAAAGUGGGACUUACGACUUCCCUGAUCAGGUUCAGCAUUCAGAUAUCAAAGCCAACUGCAGCAACUGCUCGGAAACAGAGGACAGAAAGGUCAGAUACAACCCAGGGUAUCAGUCCUCACCUUCUGCCUUGUCUGAACCAGGGUCUCUGUUGCUUUUCUGCUCUGCACACCAGGUUUUGAGGCAACAGAUGAAUUGUGAAAGAGAGCAGCUGAGGAGUGCUGGGGUUCCAGGCAUAUACCAUCGUGCACAGGGGAUAGAACACAGGACUUUGUGCAAGGGUAAUCAGGAAGCAGCAGCUGCCCCUGACACAAUGGCUCAGCCUUAUGCCUCAGCCCAGUUCGCUCCACCUCAAAAUGGCAUCCCUGCAGAAUACACGGCCCCUCAUCCCCAUCCUGCACCAGAGUAUACCGGCCAGACCACCGUCCCCGACCACACAUUAAACCUGUAUCCUCCUACACAGACGCACUCCGAGCAGAGCGCUGAUACAAGUGCGCAGACCGUCUCCGGCACCGCCACACAGACAGAUGAUGCAGCACCGACUGAUGGCCAGCCCCAGACACAACCUUCUGAAAACACAGAAAACAAGUCCCAGCCUAAGCGACUGCAUGUGUCCAACAUCCCCUUCCGGUUCCGGGAUCCAGACCUCCGACAAAUGUUUGGUCAAUUUGGUAAAAUACUAGAUGUUGAAAUUAUUUUUAAUGAGCGAGGCUCGAAGGGAUUUGGUUUCGUAACUUUCGAAAAUAGUGCGGAUGCGGACAGGGCGAGGGAGAAAUUGCACGGUACCGUGGUAGAGGGCCGUAAAAUCGAGGUUAAUAACGCAACAGCACGUGUAAUGACUAAUAAAAAGACUGUCAACCCUUACACCAAUGGCUGGAAAUUAAAUCCAGUUGUGGGCGCCGUCUACAGCCCCGACUUCUAUGCAGGCACGGUGCUGUUGUGCCAGGCCAACCAGGAGGGAUCUUCCAUGUACAGUGGCCCCAGUUCACUUGUAUAUACUUCCGCAAUGCCUGGCUUCCCAUAUCCAGCCGCCACUGCUGCAGCUGCUUACCGAGGGGCCCACCUGCGAGGCCGUGGCCGCACCGUGUACAACACCUUCAGGGCUGCAGCGCCCCCACCCCCAAUCCCGGCCUAUGGCGGGGUGGUUAUGCUGCAUACCGCUACGCCCAGCCCACCCCUGCCACUGCCGCUGCCUACAGUGACAGAAAUCAGUUCGUCUUCGUUGCAACAGAUGAAAUUUCUUGUAACACCUCUGCAGUUACGGACGAGUUUAUGCUGCCGACCCCUACCACCACACACUUGCUCCAGCCCCCACCUACGGCGUUGGUGCCAUGAACGCUUUUGCGCCCUUGACUGAUGCCAAGACUAGGAGCCACGCUGAUGAUGUGGGUCUCGUUCUUUCUUCAUUGCAGGCUAGUAUAUACCGAGGGGGGUACAACCGCUUUGCUCCAUAUUAAAUGACAAAGUCAUUAACAAACAAACACACAAACAAACAAACAAAACAAAAUCAACCUUCCAAUGUGGGGAGAGAGGAAGCUUUCCGAGGCCUGAGUGUUUCAACACAUGCAGUAGGACAUCAUUUUAGCAACUCAAAGAAAACAACUAAAAAUAAAAAGAGGAAAAAAAUAACAUUUUUUAUCUUAUACCUCAGAUAUUUUGUUCUGUGUAUUUUAAUAUUGUGGGUCUUUGGUUUUGGAGGUUCUCGUAGUUCAGUUGCUGGCUGUAGGAGUAUUUGUGGUUGAUCUAGAGAGAGGCUAGAUAUGAAUAAAAACCGAUUUAGGGCCAUAUCCAGAGUGCUAUAUUAUGUAAAUGAAUUAUAUGCUGAACAUGAAGCUACUGGGGUUAAGGUGUUUGGGAAGAGUCUAAGUGACAAGUCAUUCUUUCUGCAUCUAUAUUAUUUUAUUCUGUGAAAAGGGAGGCUGGGAGGGGCUUAGGGGUUUGGGACUGGGGUUUGGCUGAAAGAAAAAAAAGAAUAUAUAAAUAUAUAUAUAUAUAGUAACUGAUGAAUCUAAAUGACCCACUGCACCACCGAUCCUAAAUCUAUGGUUCUAAGUUACUCCUGGCAAAGUCAAGCCAAAGGCUCUGUUAAGAAACCGCUUCUUACGACGCUGAGACUGGAGUUGAAGGAGGUUGUGUAAGUUCCCCUCUUAUCAUUCCAUCUGCAGUACUCAGCUUCCUACCUACCCACUAGUUAUUUAAGCAAAGACUACUAGUUAGGCCAUCAAUAAGCAUUCUUUUUAUAUUUCUUCCAGUAUGAGAAAUUAUUGAUAUCACUGCUGACUUUUAUAUUAUGGGAGGGAAAAAUUAACAUUAAUAAAAAGGUGAUAAAAAGCACUGUUUCUAUUUUUUUCUUUUUUUCCAAAAAAAAGAAAGUACUAAAAACUUAACUUCUUUGUACCAGUUAAAAUCUGUAUAAAAUUUACAUCUGUGCAGUGGAGUUAUGUUCUAGAAACAGUCUCUGAGGCUUUAGUUUUAGCUUAGUAGAUUAACUGUUAGAGACAGACGUAUAAUUUUUAUGGAAUUACAUGAUAAUCAUAUCUGGAUUUAUAGUUGCAUUUUACAAGUAUCGCAAUCAUUGAAUAGAGAUAAUCAUGGUAUUUUCAUCAGCUUGAUACUUUUUGAAAACAUGGCUGCGCUGUGAGCAACUUGCAAUUUUUCAGUCUGUGAGAGCCUGCCCUCCCCUCUCCCCGUGCCCCAGGGUUAUCUUAAACUGGUAUCUUUACUUCUGUCUCCGAGGCCCAAGAGGAUUGUCAGAAGGAAAGAAAAACAAGACAAAGAACAAAACUAUAAGCUCCCCCGCCCCCCAGAGAGUAGUGUGGGCCCCCGUUCUUUCUUGGAUGCCGGGCCAGAGCAACACAGCCGAAAAAUUGCAGCUUGUGAUUUUCUUCUGUUGGAAUCCCCCCAUGUUGUCCUGUUUACAAGUUAACCUAAGUUGGGGUAUCUGUCAUGGGUCUUCUUGUUUUUGUAUUUCAAUUAUAAACUAUCAGCAAGCUGUCCCCUGAGUAGUGUUUCUGCCUGUGUCGCAGUGCAGGCCCCGUGGCACGCACCUUAGUGAGUUAUCAAUUCACGCUGUGAACCUGCCAAUCCGCUGUAACAACUGCUUUAAGAUCAAAACCAAACAAAACUUUAAAAAGAAAAAAAAAAUGUGUUUGUGAUCCAGCUUUUCCUAGUCAUCCUACGUGCAUGCCCGUAAGAUCGGUUGGCUAUUAAACCAUCAAUAAAGUUUCAUGAGAUUUGAAAACAAAGUUUCUGUAGCUUCGAUAUCUAAGACAGAUGAUCAUGGUUUGGGAGAGAAAGAAAAGGAAAGGGCGAGGAGGGGAAGGGAGAGAAACCACUGAACGCUGAGAAGAGAAAAACCUAGAAACUGGUCUUUUUUUCCUCCCUUUUGAGUGGGGAGGCGGGGCCUGAGGGGAGACUGUUUGGCAGCAUCCCUAGAAAAUUCUUAUUCCCCCACCUGCUACCGUGGGAUGACCAUGUGUGCACCUGGUUGAUGUUAUUGAUUGAUUACGAUGCUGUAGCGUUCGCCCCCGGAUGGGAUAAAGAGAGUGACCAAGAAGGGGCUGCAGAAGGGUCAGCAGAUAGCCCUUCCCAGUUACCCGCUUUCCAAGCCCAGAACCUGCAUUGUGUAUGAAAUCACAAACAUGGAAUUCUUACUGUGCUGACUAAAGUAAAACUCAUUUGCAGUUUUGAUUUUCAUCAAUGAAAUGUACUUUCCCCACGACUGUAUGUAGUUUUAAUAAAAUCAUUUAGAGCAAGUGGGUGCCAACCGAUGUCGCAGAACCUUUUGUCCAGGCACUCCACCGAGCUGCCGAUAAGUCGUUUUAAAAUGUCAUGUCAGAGGUGUAAACAAACAUUUUGGAUUUUUUUAAAAAACAGUAUUUAUUUGGAAUGUUUUCAUUUAUCUAAAUAACUAUUGCUAUUAUGAAUUAUGGAAAAAAGAUUAAUGUGGCAUAUAGUGACUUCUUAACACACAUCACUCAAUCUGCAAACCCAGAAAUGUGUAUAUCUGUCUUUAGAAAUUAGUGUUUAUAUCACUUACAGUGGUUUGUGAAUAAAGAAAACUGGUUUGUAAUAUCAAAAAAUAAAAGCUUAGUCUGAAAAGGUA